CAUUAAAAGUGGUGUUUAUCUUGUUUGUUUUAGCAUGAAUAAUUAUAAUGGAAUGAUAACCAUGUAUGAAGGAACUAGCAAUAGAACUAGACAACAUGAAUAUGCACCAGGUUACUCUGCAGCCAGCCAUGAAUAUAAGGAUUAUCAAAAUCGAUCCAGAUCCCCAAGAGAUCAUUCUCCUAGAAGAAAAUCAAAUCGGUCUCUAUCUCCACUAAUAAAUCAACGUGUUUACGAUGGCUUUGUUUGUGAUGAUAAAAACAGUUACAGCAGUUUUCCACAGGAUAAUUAUAAUAAGAAUUCCAGUAGAGACAGUGAAAGAGAUGAUCGUAGUUAUCGAGACACUAACAAAGAUCACCGUAGUGAUGAAAGGAGAUAUGGAAGAGAUAGAAGACGUUCUCGGUCAAGAGAUAGAUCGCGUUCAUCAAGAGAUGGCAGAGAACGACGUGACACUUCAAGAGAACGUAGAAACUCGGAUGAGGAUCGCUAUAGUGACCGAUCUGGGAGAAAGCAACAAGAUAGGGAAUAUGGCUACCGUAGUUCAGAUGUAUAUAAAUAUGAUUCCAAUCCUUCAUCAACAGUUAUUGUGCAAAAUUUAGGACUGGAAGCAACGGAGCAGAAGAUCGAAGAUCAUUUGCGUUUAAGUGGAGUUGUUGCAAAUCAUGUUGCUAUAAUACGUGACCGAAAUAAUGGCAAGAGUAAAGGAUAUGGAUUUGUGGAAUUUAAUGAUGUUGACACAGCAGAGAAGUGGCUAAACUUGACAAAAAGACGUAUUAUUAUUGAUGGUCGACCUGUUCAAUUAGACUUUAGCAAGUCAAAGAAAAGUGAAUUGUCUUCCUCUCCAUCUGUUAUUCCUGAUUGGAACUGUUUUCAGUGCAAUGCUGUAAAUUUUGGAAGUCGCAAAAGACAUGAAAAACAAGUGACGUGUUUUCGCUGUGGUGUAGUGCAAAACGAUGAGAACAGUCAGUAUAGUAAACAGCAAACGAAGGAACGUAGCAGUAGUGACAUCUUGAAUCUGGAACCCUGCAAUGUUUUAAUGAUACGUGGCAUGGCAUUUUCAACAACUGAAGACGAAAUUCGCUACGCUAUCACAAAGCUCACCACAAGAGCUGUUUACGAUGUCCGACUGAUAAAAGAUAAAGUUACUAAUAUGUCACGUGGUUUUGCUUUUGUUGAGCUCGGAAACGUAGAGGAUGCAAGUGAACUUCUUGAAAAAAUAGAACAUUCUGAUUUUCCAUUCGAGAUUGAUAAUCGCAGGAUAUCUGCUGGUUAUGCUAGGCAUGGAUUUGCUGCACCCCCGAGUAGCAAGAAGGGAAGGUCCAGCUUGGUAAGCAAUAAAACUGCUGCAGAAAAUGCUGUUGCUCAAGCUUCUGCGGCACAAGCUACUGCUGAGUACUCCCAAAGUAUGGCUGAUUUAUACAUGUCGACAGGUACGAACGAAACCUUCGCACACAGAGGUGCAGUUAAACAAUCAUAUAACACUACAGGACAACAAACUGGCCAAGCUCCUCAACCUGUCUCCUCAUAUGUAUACGAUCCGACUUCUGGGUAUUAUUACGACUCAAGUACAGGUUUAUAUUACGACGCUAAUACUGGGUAUUAUUACAACGGCACCACUGGUCAAUUUCUGUAUUGGAACGGUAGUAAAUAUCAAGUUGUAAACUCAGACGGCACGAUUUCUGCUGAUGCUACUAACACUAACGUCACAGCACAGCCUGAACAAAAAAACGAAAGCUCAGAAAAAGAAAAAGUAAAUAUCUCUGGUCAAAAGCCAAAGAAUGCUCGAAAGAUCGCCAAAGAUAUGGAACGCUGGGCGAAGAAAAUGAACACCGCGACUGAAGCGAAAAAAACUGCAGUGAAACAAGCGCAAGAUGAAUUGAGAGCGCUCGAACAAAAAGAAGAAGAGCUUCGUAAACAAAUUGUGCAAGAAAAAGCGGUCACUAGUAUUUUAGGACAAGUUGCGGCCAACAAGGAUGGUAUCCGUUCUCUGUUCGUACCUGAUGAUGAAGACGAAGUUUCGGUGUUACAACUUGGAUCGUCCCUGUCGUCAAAUAGCUCCACAAAGCUGGGCUCCAAUGUAAUUGCGGCGACUGAUUUACCGGAAGAUGAUGAUGAUGAUUUUGUCGACGAAACCAAAUUUGUUGAUCAAGUUAAAAUGGCUUGCUUGCUUUGUAAACGACAAUUUCCGAGUAAAGAAGUGCUGACGAAGCAUUUGCAAAUAUCGCAACUCCAUCAGCAAAAUUUGGAGAAGUACCAAUCGUCAAGAAAGACUUGAAAGAAACUAAAGAUGACGGAAUAUCAAGAUCACCGGAAGCUGUGUUCAGAUUGAGUCGAGGUUGAUCAAUUUUCGACGGUUUCACUUACCAACUUUCCAACAAUUUGCGAAACGAUGCCUCGACAUUUAGCCGGAGAGAAUUACCGCGACUUUCAUAGAUUUUAUAGAGAUUUGUAAUUUGCAGUGUAAAAAGAAAGAAGCUAAAAGUUAAAAA